UUUAACAAUCAGGCUGACCGAGCUGUAUUUUACGCGUACUGGUUAUCUUCGUGUUCUUGGCGUGUGCGCGCUGCACUCUAUAUCAAACGUGUACCAUACGAAGAGAAAUCGGUAGACAUUGUACGAGAGCAGAGCCAUCUCACGGACCAGUACAGAGCUAUCAACCCGGCACAGAAGGUUCCCGCUCUUAUUAUUGAUGGAGCAACUAUCGUGGAGUCGAUGGCGAUACUGCAAUAUCUAGAAGAUACACGACCGGAACCAACAUUGACACCCAAAACACCGCUACUAAAAGCCAGGAUGACUGAAAUAUGCGAGAUUAUAGUAUCCGGGAUCCAACCGUUACAAAAUAUAGGAUUAAGAAGUCAUUUUGACAGCAAGGAGAAGUUCCGAAGCUUCACGAAGUACUGGACGGAACGAGGUCUUAUGACAGUCGAGGACCAACUGAAAUCGACCGCCGGAAAGUUCUGCGUCAAAGACCAACUGACUUUGGCCGAUCUGUGUCUUGUACCACAAGUCUAUAAUGCUGUGAACAAACAAGCUGUGGAUUUGAACAAAUACCCGAUACUUCACAAGCUCUACGAAAGUCUGUUGGAGGAAGACAUUUUUAAGAAAACACAUCCAGAUGUUGUGAAAUCUGAAAAAAAUAUACGAAUCUAAAUCAAAAUACAUAUUUAU